AAAGAAUGACAAAAACAAAAAAACAAGUACUGAAACUGAGAUCCCGUUCCAGAGCCUCGUAUUUUAACUUUUUAUAUACGCAUCGAUAUCAAAUUUUAUUCGACAUGUUUUCGGAUUGUUUUUCAUCCUAUAACCAUCUACUCUGGAUGUUAUACGUUUCUACUAUAUGUUCUUUUCCAGGUAUACGUAAAAAUGGCACAAAUAAAUAUUUGGAACAUAAGUGGUCAUUUUCACCAUCUCCUAAAAAAUAGAACAGCGAGAAAAAUUGCAGUAAUUUGCUUACUUCUGGCAGGAAUUUACUAUACGUUUUUUUACCGACAGUCUCUGCUUGAUUCACUAAACCAGAAUCCUUCACACAAAUAUAACUGCAGUUCGAUUGCUUAUCAGGAUAAGAUAGGAAUCAAAAGAAACAAAUCUGUGUGUGUUAAAUUCGGAGGAGGAUUAGGAAAUCAACUUUUCCAUUUUUGUUUUGGAUAUACCGUAGCUCGAAAGAAAAAUAUGCAGUUAGUAAUAACCAGAAAAAAUAUUUUAACACAGUAUUUCAAAUUGGUGCCAAAUCAUUGGAAGAAUUAUGAUUUAAAUGCAGAUAUUUGUGAGUGUUUGCCAUUAAUAACUGAUAAGGGAUACGAUUGCGGAUAUGACAAGAAAUUAGAACAUUUACCAAGUGACCAAGAUUUAUCAUUUUUAGGAUUUUUCCAGUCCUGGAGAUAUUGGAAAAAAUACGAGACUGAACUAAGACAGAUACUUCAGUUUCAAGAUAAUAUUUUACAUGAAGCAAAAUCUAAGUUUAAUACCAUUCUUUCAAAAUACCAAAAAUAUGAAGGCAUAGAAACUAUAGGAGUACAUAUACGUAGAUUCGAUAGGUAUGACACAGAUGAAUUUGGUAAAAACAAUGCACCAAAAGAAUAUAUAAUUCAUGCCAUGGACUAUUUCAGAAAUAUGUAUAAAAGGUGUUUAUUCCUCAUCUUUUCAAUUGAAAUGAAAUGGACUAAAAAGAAUAUUCCACAAACUGGUGACAUUUUCCUUGUCGAAGGAAAUUCAGCACCGGUAGAUCUUGCGAUGUUAACGCUUACAAGCCAUACCAUAAUGACCGUUGGAACAUUUGGCUGGAUGGCUGGAUGGAUGACCCAGGGGAAGACAGUUUACUACAUGCACCCUGCCACGCCUGGAUCUGCAUUUUCUAAACUUUAUUCGAACUAUUCUGAUCAUUUCUAUCCUGGAUGGAUUCCGAUGGAAUAAAUAAAGUGACAGACGAUACACAUCUGGUCUAGUGUCAUCUAAAGUGUCUAAUGACGUCAUAUUAACUUGAAACUGAAAGAAGUAAAUUUCACGAUUUUUGCGGAAAAUCUAAAAUAAGGUAGAAAUUAUUUUAAGUAAUUUCACUAACUGUAAAAUAUACCAAAUAGUUAGUACAAUUACUAAACAUACAUUAAGGGUUCAAGCUACGGUCUUGAGGGCUUCAGUCACUUUUGGGUGAUACAAAAAAAACCCGACCUUUUUGAACUUAGUCGUAAGGCAGUAUAAAUUGCAUGGGCUUAAAUACAUGAAAAACGCAUGUUUAUUGUGUUCUUUCAUUUUUCCCAGCAUUUCAUUAGUAUACUAAUAAAUAUAUACAGAUAAAAAUUAAAACAAAUCAGCUGUUAUCUUGUAAAAAGAUGCAUAUCACAUUAAAAGAGUUACUAUUUGAUAUCUUAAGCAGCCAAAAUAUCGUCCUCCAUCUAGAAUAGAUUGGAAAUUAGUGUCAGCACUCAACAGAGACGCUUUUUCAUCAAACUGUAAAACUUGGCGUAAAAAAAAUUAAGAAUACAGAAAAAUGGCCUACAAAAUAGAAUACAAAUUGAAAUUCUCCCUUUUUCUUCUUAGUCAAGACAUUCUUUGCUAUGAUGAUGAUGAUGGAUGGCUGAUUAACGUUCUGCGGCAAAUUAAAUGGCAUAUUCAGGACGAGAACAUGUUUAAUAAUGUAAUAUGAAUAUUAACCCUGCUUUGUACCGACACGCGGAGCUGGAUUUUUAACGUGCUAGUUCACAAGGUAACAGUCCGCAGGAAGACAUGUCACCAUACCCGGACACAUUAUUCUGACUCCGAGUCUUUGCCUUUACUCCUUAAUGCCGGGUGCUUAGCGAAGAAGCAGCAAAUACCGAUUUUAAAGUCUUUGUUUUCACCCGACCGGGGUUCGAACCCACGACAUCCCGCACACGAGACGAACACGCUACAACGAGACUACCGAGGCUGUUUUUUUUUUUUUUGCUAUGCAACACAAUUCAAAAUACAUAAACCUAAAUGCCCUAAAGUUAAAUGGAUGGUGUACUUAGGAAAGGAUAAAAUUUGAGUUAUCUUUCUUGGAACUAAAUUCCUAUAGUCGAUGGUUUGUACACAGUAUACGUGAUUACAAUAUGGCAUCAAUUUAAUUAGACUGAAACAGACAGACAAAACUCAUCUGAUUUUGAAUUAACGGGUUUCAAGAAGACGAUGUUUCAUAUAAGUUCAUUGUAAUUUUCCUCUUUCUGUAAAAAACGUGUUUAUCAUGAAGCUACGGUAAACGUUGCAAAUAGUGAUCAUAUUAAUUUUUUUUUAUUAAACUCGAAAUGAAGGCAAAUCAGUUAAUAUAUUUAUAACACCUGUCGUUGAUUUACUUGAAUGUCGUCUACCUGACAUAAAUAUGUCGCUAGGUAGAUUAGUGUACGAUGUUUUUUUUUCUUUUAUAAAUUUUAUUGACGAAUUUGAUGAAAAAUACAUUCAUUUUGAAAAACUUUUCGUAAAUGUUUGACGGGCACUAGCGAAAUCAUAUAUGAUAUGUAAAGAUAUAAUUUGUGUGACACAUUAACAAUAUCGGGGAAAAAUUAAUUAAUAUAUAUGUCUUUUAUAUAUUUGUAAAAUGAAUUAAGUUUGAAAGUAAAAUUUCUAAUAUUUUAUCAAAAUUGUUUACACCAGAAAUUUAUAUUUCUUUUUAAUUUUGUUUUUGUUUUUUAUGCAUGAUUAUAUGAAAAUUGUUACAAAAUCUAGAGAACUUUUCAAAGAGUGGCGAAAAAUACCAAAGGGAUAUUCAAACUUAUAAGUCGACAAUAAACGGACAAUGCCAUCGCAAAAAAUGAAAAACGAUGAAAACAGAAACAACAGUAUACAAAACACAACAUGGAAAACUAAAGACUGAGCAACACGAACCCCACCAAAACCCGGGUUGAUCACAGGUGCUGCGGAAGGGUAAGCAGAUCCUGCUGCACAGGAUUCAAGUUACAGAUAUUGUUACCAUGGGUAAAUCAACCUAAGUGAAAUUGGCCAUACCACUUUUCAUUACUAGUAUUUAUACUCAGGAACACAAUCAAUUUCAUUUUUUUUUCUAUUUUUCUAAACAAUCACUUUCUCCUAACUAAUUAAUUAUAGGUUUCAAAAUCAGACUUUGUAUUCUAUACUUAAGUUAUACUAAAGAUUUGGAUAGAGUUUUCAGAAUAGUGGACAAUAACAUGUCAUAAGGUAUACCAAUAUUUCAUAUUCUCUAUGUCAACGUCAUAGACAUACAGUAAUAGAGAUAUGUUCUUCAGGCUUAAUAUGCGUGCCAAUCCUAAAUAAUUGUUAUUCAACUGCUAGAUGCUCAAGAGAAUGUCAUCCAUAGAAUUGUACGAAACGUUUGAAAAAUUAAGGAUUUGAAAGCUGCUACAACCGAAUCCUGAAAUUUUAAAAUAUGAUAUACCUAUGUGUAUAUCCCAUGACCUACAUUGUAUCAUUUUUGGAUCGGGAUAGGUAGGGAGGUAAUAAAAAGGUUGAAGAUAUAUAGACUGAAUUUAGUAGACAUGUGAAAUCCUUAAUUUAAACAAUUGGCCUAUUCAUUUACCGUGGAUUCUUUUUCUAGAAUCAACGCUUCCUAAAUUGGUCGCUGAAAUCGACCCACUUAAUCAUAUUCAAUUGUUUCCUUUGAGGGCCUAAUUUCAUUAAGUUUGAAUUUGAUAAUUUACUGAUUCUGUUCACUAAUGGAAUUAAUUUAAAAACUUACCUUUAACUUUUGUAAUUUUUAUAUGCUUUCACUUGGAAUCGAACCCCUCCUUGAAAUUUGUUAUGUGUGACUGACAUCAACACAUCGACGAAACCUCUCGUCUACCAAUGGGUUGCAAUUUUGAUGUCUAUUUUAUAUAUAUAAAUGCACAUACGAUACACAUUGGUACAACGGAGACACAGGAUUUGUUUUAUAUAUACAUAAUAGACAAUCGUAGUAUAAGUUGGUAGCCGGGAGGUUAAGAUCCAUGAGUUAUAGAGUCAAGUUAGAAGUAGACACUUAUCGGUUUAGGUUCGAAUCCCUGUUUUCUCUUCGUUGUCCCUAUUGUUUUGUUUUUCCGUUUUUCUUAUUUUGUAUGUUAUUGUGGAUAUUUUUUUAAUAAUGGCGGGGUUUCCCAUCUAAUUUUUGGAUCAUUAUUGGAAAAUUCACGUAAAAAAUGAUUACAUUCGAUUUGUGCAUUUUUUUAUAUAUAUAGUAUGAUUUCAUCUGUUUUACUACAUAUAGUUAAACAUGUUUAUUCGCAAAUACCCAAUAUGCAAGUAAAUUGUGAUGUGCCUACAAUAAGGUUUCUUGCUAGUAAUUUCGGUAACAUACUUAUCAUAUAUACUAAAAAUAAGUUCGAAUAUGUCGUAUUCUGUAAAUAACGGAUAAUAUUCAGAUGCAUAAAAAUUUCAAGACA